AUGAAGGGCCAGGUCCGCAAUAGCGGGCGGCGUCGCAUUUACCUGUGGCUCACCACCUCCACCCGCGACCGUCGCAACCGGACUGACGAUGUCGGCACCCAUCUUCAGGCGGCGCGCAGAGAGCGAAACAAGGUGCAUAGAGUCAACGACUUGUUCCAUGCUUCUGGCAUGUGGCAUCACCCCCGUGACACCCUGGAAGGCAUCAUUCUUCAGGGAAUGGGGAGGGGGCUGGCGUGGAGCUUCGUGAUUGUCCCUGCGUGUUUUGUGCUGACCUUUAUCGUCUGCAUAACCUCGUAUCGUGGCGGUGACCGGCGCGCACGGCAACAGCACGCGCAAGAGGAGUGGCAGCAUCACCUGCUGGAGGCGGUGCAGAAACGAGCGGCAGCGGAAAAGGAACUGCAGUCGGUAUGCAAUCACGCUAUGGAGGCGAAGUCUGUACUUCGCCCCAUUCCGGAGGAGCAGCGCUGGGCUGCGCAGCUAGAGGCGAACAUGGCGUUCAUCAAUGAAAAGCUUCAGAGCCGCCUAGGCGAUGGCGAGUCAAGGCGGGAAGGUGGGUGA